UGCCGCCCCCCUCCUCUCCCCCCGUCCUCCCCCCCCCCCAAAAAACAACCCCUCUUGUUCGGACUGCGAUGGCGGCUCUCGCAGCCGCAGAGGAGGCCGGGGACAGGCCGCACCACCGGCCGUUCCUCAUCGGCGUCAGCGGGGGGACCGCCAGCGGGAAGUCGACCGUGUGUGCCAAGAUCAUGGAGCUGCUGGGCCAGAACAAGGUGGACCACCACCAGAGGAAGGUGGCCAUCAUCAGCCAGGACUGCUUCUACCGCGUGCUCACCGCUGAGCAGAAGGCCAAAGCGCUCAAGGGCCAGUACAACUUCGAUCACCCGGAAGCCUUCGACAACGAGCUGAUGUACAAAACGCUGAAGGACAUCGUUGAGGCCAGGGUGGUUCAAGUCCCCACGUACGAUUUUGUCACCCAUUCCAGGUUGGACGAAAGGAUCACGGUUUACCCAGCCGACGUGGUCCUCUUGGAGGGCAUCCUGGUCUUCUACCCGCAGAAAGUGCGAGACAUGUUCCACAUGAAGCUCUUCGUGGACACCGACUCGGACGUGCGGCUGUCUCGCAGAGUGCGACGCGACAUGACGCGAGGCCGGGACCUGGAGCAGAUCCUGUCGCAGUACACCACCUUUGUCAAGCCCGCCUUCGAGGAGUUCUGUUUGCCCACCAAGAAGUAUGUGGACGUCAUCAUUCCCAGGGGAGUUGACAACAUGGUGGCCAUCAACCUGAUCGUGCAGCACAUCCAGGACAUCCUCAACGGCGACAUCUGCAAGUGGCAGCGGGCGUCCGUCAACGGCCAGGGGCGCAGCUUGAAGGGGUCCUUGACGGACGAGUGCGACCUGCAGACCGGCGCCAACCCGGGGGGCAAGCGGGUGCUACCGGAGCCCAGCACGCGGCCCCACUAGCCGCCGUCACGGUUCAGGAGCUUCUGCCGCUAUUUCCCAAGACCUUACCUUAUUUGAUUUGAUUUGGGAAUUUGCUGUUACACACAGGUGGGAAAUGUCCGGUAAUUUAUGGCAAUCAUUUGAGCUGACAACACACAUCGGUAAUAAUUACGGGACGGCAUCUAUUCAUUAUUUGAGGAAAUUAAAAAAACCUUGCGAGGUAUUUCUAGCCCUCCCAGUUAGAAUGGAUAAUUCGAAAGACGUCAAUGGCAGUGAAUGAGUCCAGUGGACGACACACCUCUGUAUUAUUUGAGGCAUGGCAUCUUUUCAAGUGGAGGUCAUUAUUUGAGGAAAUACUGUAAUUUCCACUUCAAAUGACUUUGUUUGAAUUGUGUAAAUGCUUGCAUCGAAAGUUUCCAAAUUCCUGGAAUUUUGCAACCUUACGCACAUGUUCCUGUUGUCAAUUUCUCAUUAGUUACAAUAAUAAGGUGAAGUAGAUUUUUUUUCCCCCACUGUUGAGUUUGACGCAUAUUGUUGAUAUAUUUCAAGUUAUAACCCAGAGUGAGAGAGUGCUUUUUUAAAAAUGAUUAAUGGAUUCAUCACUUCCCAUGUUUGUUUUUUUGUGAGUGUGUGUCAAUAACACAGUAUUGAUAAAUAAUAAUAAAGUAUGUUGUUUUCAUGUAUAGAAACA